AUGGAAGCUUUCAAGGACAUAGUAGCGCUUGCCAUCGUUUUCAUAUGCAGCAUUGAACAGAGCUUGAACCCUCAGAGGACUCUGAAUCUAGUGCAGCUGAUUGAUGAUGAAUUCCUCGUCAAUAAGAAUGACCUGGUCGAGAACAAACAUAAGUUUACACGAAUCGCCAAACUGCAUGCGGCUAAAAGACACCGUAUGGACAAGAUAUACCAUUACUUGAAUGUGUUGUUUCUGUUGCACCUUUGUGGGUUUGUGGCCAGACAUUUUCUAAAUGACCUGAUGGGAAUCGUUGAAACCCCGGCUGGAUCGCAACGUUGGUUAACUCCGCUUCUAGUUUACCGAACUCCACAGCCUUCUGAAUCUACAACCACUGCCUUCUUCGUCUACACAUUCUGUGUGCAUAGUUUUGUUCUGUUCACAAUCUGCUCGGAAGGCUAUGCCAUUUUCACAACCGUGUGUCUGUCUACAGAGAAAUUGUUGGGCGAUUUUGAGACGCUCUACGUACUUCUGGAGUGUCUCACUAAUGAUUUUGCUGACUCCAGUAUCCACCAUUCGAAUCAUCACCGCUAUAAAUCAAAUCUGAGGAAGGACAUGGCACUGGUUGUUAGAUGUCACCAAAAUAUCAACAGGAAAUUCAGAAUCUGUGCAGCAAAUUCAGCUUUUGUGAUUCCAGCAACAAUCGCUUUCGUAGGCAAUGAUUCCUUUGCCAACGCAUUUUUCAUGCUAAAGUCAAAAAGUGUGAAGAGGGCUUUGAGCUUCGCAUUUAUGUUCAUCUUAGAGAACAUAACAUUGUUCUUUAUUUACAACAAUGGUCAACGAAUUUUCAACCAGAACGAUAAACUACGGAAAUAUCUAGCUGGGCUUCCAUGGACCGACAAGCCGCGCUGGUUCAGACAGACCGUGCACAUUAUGAUGACACGGGCGAAUGUUGACACUGAGAUGAGGCCCUAUGGCAUUUUCGUUCUCAACUACAUGUCAUUCAAAGAUCUGAUGAAACUGACAUUUUCUGUUGGCAACGUACUGUAUACAAAGAAAUUGGCAAGGCAAUCUCAACAAUAAUAAAAAAUCUACCAUAAUUGCCGUGAAGAUGAAAUCAAAUUAAUUGUUCACUAUAUUUCAUCAUUGUAUAUUGUCUUAUGUUUUUGUGAAAAAAUUAUUUGAUUUGAAAUGAGAA